AUGCAGGAAGAGGACCCUUGGUGUAUGCUGUUUUCCAACGACAUAGUGUGCGUCGGAGAAAACGGACUCGAGGACCAAAACAUACUGGAGAAAUGGCGAUGCUGGUUAGAAAGUGUUGGCUUAAAAAUCAGCAAAUCAGCAGAUCUAAAACAUAACAUCUGUUCUUUGAUUCUGGCAGUCUCUCCAAUUUUACACCCAUUGCUCUCGACGGAGCACUUUUGUCAAGACUUCCGAUACCUAGGGUUCGUUAUCCAAAGCAACGGGGAACUGGAUCAUAAAGUGAGGCACAGAAUUGACGCAGGAUGGAUGCAAAUGGCGACAGUUCACGGGCACCACGUGUGA